UUUUAAUUUAUUUUUACUUUCUCAUCGUCGCCGCCUGGUGGUAUACCACACACACACACCAACCGCCACCUCGCCUCGACCCCCCCCCCCCCCCCGAAUCCGGCUGAAUCCAUUCGUCCAUGGACCAUCCCAAGUUGUCGUCUGUCGCCCUCGCCCCUUCACUCGCCGGCAGAGCGGGCACCCAUCUCUCUUCCAGAGAGACAUGCAAUCGAGACACGCUACUACCUAGUGUAUGUCUGACGUCGCCGCCUCUUCCGAGUUGCAAGCCGAAUGGAGACAAUACUGUAGAAUACAAACGCAGGCAGGCAGCGAGGACGGCUCCCAGAAGCUUCGAGAUAGCUCCAGCUCCCCACGUCUCCCUCCCCCUCCCUCCCGCCCAAGCUCCCCGGCUCUUCCGCUCCGACCACGCCGGCCUCGCGUCUCUCUGCAGCGAGGGUGUGCAAAUGAAGUGAGCACGGCCAGCCUCUCUGCAUGUCGACCUAACAAGCUUUUGGCAGCAGGCAACGUGUGUGCGUGGUUUCCUGCUUUCCUGCUUUCCCCCCACGUCGCUCGGGCUGCUGCUGCAAGUUCCGCCUCUGCACGAAAGCUGCAGCCAGCUAGACGCGGCCGGGGUCAGGGGAGACGAUGCCGGGGGUGGAGGCCAGUCGUGACAGGACAAGGGGGGGUAGAUGCUGGUGGUUCAGUGUGCCAUUUUCAGACAUACUCGGGACAAAUCCCCCCCCUUCCAUUGGAUGGUGAGGGGCUAUUAUGCGAAUGCUGGGGAAAUCAAAAUGGGAAACCGAGCUAAUGGAAGGCCCCCGAUUACCUUGCAGCACCAUGUGGAGAGGUGGGCAUGGAAGAUGGAGGGGAGGGCUCUGUCAUUC